AUGCUAGCGUCCUCGUUGAAAAAACUAUGCUCUCGACAACUGUUCGCCCUCUUUGCGUCACUGGGGGUGAUUGUAGUGGCCGAUUUCCACAAAGCUGAAGCCGCAGUCCUUCCAUACUCAAUCGACUCUCCUACAAACGAUGAGGCAGCUGCUCAGCUCAGGGACACCACCAAAUACGUUGGUGGGCGCCCGCAUCACGCUUCACACCUCACGAUGCUUUCUAUCCUAGCAGCCGUUUUUGCCGUGGGCUUUGCUAUGAUGUUCUGUUUCAAGUCACUUGAGGCUCAGAACAGCGGGGAUAAUUACAGUUUGAUAACGCGGCGGCUCGCUAUGGGCAACGGGGGCUCAAACUCUGUGAGUCUGGCGAUCAGCGCAG